AUGACUACAGAGAAGGUAGUCUCUCAAGUUGUUUUUGAAGUGCAGAGUGAAAGUCAACCUCGUGGUCAUAGAAGGAAUAAACGUGAAGCCACUGGAAGGCGUAAAUAUUUUCACUGGAGAGAAGCCAAAAAGAAAGGAGAAAUCGUUCUGGAAGGGAAGAAGCUCGAGGGCCUGGACACAAUCGACUUCUCCUGGCAUGAAUUUGUUCCAGGUUUCGGUUGUAACCUUAGGAAUGUGGCAGGCUCAUUUGGGAUUCAUACUCAGAACCUUUUAAGGCCCAAGAUUUCAGUUUUUGUCUCAAUUAGUUCUGCUUCGAAACAAGGUGCCGUAGUCUCUGUGGCGCAAUCGGGAAUCCAGACCUUGCCUCUGGAUCUUAUUCGAUGGGACACCCUUCGCAAGCCGAAGUAUCACAAAGAACUUUUCAGAAGAGCAAUAUUUCAACCCUUGGAGAUUUCAGGAUUUCCUCGACUUUGGAAACCUGGCAAGGCCUACUCGUUAAUAAGUAUAUACAACAAUUUAAUCCCUUCAGUGCUCUCAGGAAGUCAGUUUACACUCCUGAACGCGCUGGACUUUAAGAUCGUCUCCGAGAAUUCUUCCAACUGUGAAUCCUUUGAAGUUCGGACUCCAGGUCUCAUGUGUGGGCGGAGUACAAUAGACAACCAGCCUUGGGAUUACUUUAGCCAUUUCAGUCGAAUUGUUGGAGGAAGCCCAGUUGAAAAAGGAACAUAUCCAUGGCAGGUGUCUCUGAAACGAAGAGAAAGGCAUUUCUGUGGAGGAACUAUCAUCUCUGCCCAAUGGGUGAUCACAGCUGCUCACUGUGUCAUACAUAAGGAUGCGAAAAAAUUUCUGAAUGUUACUGCAGGAGAGCAUGAUGUGAAUUUGGUAGAACAAGAAGAGCAGACUCUUUCUGUGGAUACCAUCAUCAAACACCCUUAUUUCACACUCAGAAAACCAAUGAACUAUGACAUUGCCCUCUUGAAGAUGAAUGGCACAUUCAAGUUUGGCCAGUUUGUUGGGCCCUUAUGCCUUCCCAAACGGGGGGAAAUUUUUGAGCCAGGAUUCUUCUGUACUACUGCAGGCUGGGGUCGUCUGGAAGAGAAUGGCCGUCUCCCUCAAGUCUUGCAUCAAGUGGACUUGCCCAUUCUGACCAAGAAGAAGUGUGCCGCUAUGCUGUUAACUUUAAAGAGACCUAUCAAGGGCAAUACACUUCUUUGUGCUGGCUUCCCAGAUGGAGGAAAGGAUGCAUGUCAGGGUGAUUCAGGGGGCUCCCUGAUGUGCAGGAAUAGACUUGGGGACUGGACUCUAGCUGGUGUGACUUCAUGGGGGUUGGGAUGUGCUCGCAGCUGGAGGUACAACCGUAAGAAAAUUGCCAGUUACAGAGGAACUCCAGGGGUCUUUACAGACCUGAGUAAGGUGCUUCCCUGGAUUCACAACACUAUUGAAAUGGCUCUAUGCAGUGAACAAGAUGGCCAGCUUGCAGGAUCUGAGGGGCAGCUCCGCUUCCCAAGACGUCCCCACCAGUUCUAUGGAAGUGAUGAGUUGUGUGUCUGGACUGUCCAUGUCAUGGAGCAGAUGCACAUCUGGCUCAAUUUUUCGCACUUGGAUGUGGAAUUUGAGGAGUUCUGUCGCCUGGAUUCUUUGUCUGUAUAUUCAUUAGAAGACAGGCUCAUUGGAAAAUUCUGUGGCGUGGUUGUCCCUUCACCAAUCUUCAUUAGCUCCAACUCAGUAAGACUGAAGUUUGUCUCGGAUACUACACAGUAUGGCACUGGAUUUGCACUUACCUACAAAGGUCUUAAACCGAACCAUUCUCCUGAUUCUGGUUGUGUUGCCUUAACUGUCCUUUUUGAAGAAGGGAUAAUACAAAGUUUGCAUUAUCCUGAUGUCUACAGCAAUUUGAUCAAUUGUCGUUGGAUUAUUCAUGCUUUUGAAGACCACAUCAUUAAGCUCGAAUUUCAGAACUUUGAGCUAGAAGAGAGUGAUGGUUGCCUCUCAGACUCAGUGACAGUAUAUGAUGAUGUGGAAGGGAAGAUGGAAACAGCUCGGUACUGUGGCUUUGAAGUUCCUCAACCUGUGCUGAGCUCCUCCAGUGCAAUGCUAAUCAGCUUCCAAACAGAUGAAAGUCGGGGCUUCAGGGGAUUCCAGGCCACCAUCUCUUUUAUCUCUGAAACAGAUUUAAAUCUCUCAGGCACAGAGGAUGAACCUGAGCUUCCUUCAGCUAGCCAUCACACAGCUACAGAUCCAAGGGCUCCAGGUGGCCACUGUGGAGUAGCUUCCAAGCCUCCCAGGUUUCUCUUCAGCAGGAUUGUGGGAGGACAGCCAGCAGUAGCCAGGUCUUGGCCCUGGCAAGUUAGCCUGCAGAUUGCUGCAGAACAUCUUUGUGGGGGGACCAUCAUUGGGAAGAGUUGGGUGGUCACAGCUGCCCACUGUUUUAUUGAUAAGAAGCAGCAUGUGCCUGUGUGGAUGGUAAUUGCUGGAGCUCAUGAUUUGACUGAGCGAAAAAAUCUACAGAAAAGAUCAAUAAAGCACAUUUUGAUUCACCCAGCCUUUGACAGCAUCACAAUGGAUUAUGAUAUUGCUCUGUUGCAAAUGGCUGAACCAUUUCAGUUCAAUUACUAUGUUCGUCCAGUGUGUCUUCCUGAGAAAGGUCAAGAGAUACCAUCUUCCAGCAUGUGUGUGGUCACAGGAUGGGGGAUUGAUAAUCCAGAUGGAAAAAAAUCCAACAAAUUGCAGCAACUUGAAAUUCCCAUUCUUGAAUCUGAUAUUUGUCAGGAGUAUUAUAAAAAUCUCUUUGUGGGGGUAUCCCAGAGGAUGUUCUGUGCUGGGUUUCCUUCUAAAGGAGACAAAGAUUCUUGCUCAGGUGACUCAGGUGGUCCCUUAGUUUGCUCCCUUGAAGAUUCAAGUCUUUAUGUCCUUUUUGGCAUAACCAGUUGGGGCUUUGGCUGUGGAAGGAUUAAUUACCCAGGUGUCUACACCAGUGUCACUGUCUUCGCUGACUGGAUUAAAGAGCAUCUUAGUGAUAUUGAUAUGCAUAUUGAUGGACAAGACCUGCAGAUUGUCCAAGCAAUUUCAUGUCAUUUGAAGAGCCUGCUCUUCGCUCGGGGGGUCUCUGGAGGUGGGAUGGUGAGCCGAAACGAAAUGAAAAUGAACCAGAGACCCAUAAAAAUCACAGAAGUUCCAUAUUGCUUGUACUGGCUGUGGUUACUGGCAGAGGAGCUGACAUGCAAGCCCUUGCAGACAUCUGUGGCCAAUUAG